AUGUUGAUUGACAAUUGGACCUUCACCUCUGAGAGCCCGCAACUGUUCAUCAGUGUGUUGCUCUGUGCUGCUGUAAAUGUCAUUGGUGUUGCCGUGUAUCGUAUCUUUUUUCAUCCGCUGGCUCAUAUCCCCGGGCCUCUAUUAGCGGGAGUGACUUCUCUUUAUUGCUACUGGUAUAAUGCUCGCGGUGGACGAUUUUACUUGCAGAUACAGAGGCUACACGAACAAUAUGGACCCGUCGUUCGCAUCACUCCAAACGAAGUCCAUCUGAGCGAUCCAAACAACCUAGAGAAGAUCUACAGCAUCGGCUCACGAUACGGAAAGCAUGGCGACUUCUAUCGCGCCGUUGGUCCAGAGAGACCAUCACUAGCAACAGAGAGUCCCGAAGCCCACCGGAUCAAACGAUCAGCCAUAAACCCAUUCUUCUCGCGCAGAAAGGUCUUGUCCCUGGAAGAGAUAGUACAAGACGCAGCCAAAAAAAUAGUCUCGCGCAUGCAGUCGGCCUUUGAGACCUUAGGACGUCUUGAUCUCCAUUAUGCCUUUCGGGCAGUGUCUGUGGAUGUCAUCACCGACUAUGCCUUUGACGAGUCGUACAAGUUGCUGGAUGCGCCAGACUUUGGGAAGGAAUUCUUCGAUGUGAUCCGUGACUUUGGUCCGGCAACGUUGUUCUUUCAGACCUUCCCAACCAUUCGCUAUGUUGCUUUGCGAGUGCCUAGCUGGCUAGCCAUGUUGCUAAAGAAGCCCUGGGGUAGCAUGCUGCAGCAUCAACAGAAUGCUCGCAACCAGGUCCUCCGCGUCAAGGAUGCCGUGGACAAGGGAGAGAAGUCGAACCGGACUAUAUUCCACCACCUUCUUCAGCUCGAUGAUGUGGAAGGCUACGAGCCAUCAGUGGACUAUCUCGCGGACGAGGCAUAUAUUGUCCUUGGGGCUGCGGCGGAUACCACUGGGAAUGCGCUUACGAUUGCGACUUACAAUACUGUGAUCAAUCCGGACAUUUACAAACAGUUGACGGCCGAGUUGACGGAGGCAUUUCCUGAUCCAGAUGCCGAUAUAAAUCUCACAUCACUCGAGAAGUUACCGUACUUGACGGGUGUCAUCAAGGAAGCGUUACGGUAUCUCUCCUUUGGUGUCCCCGGUCGACUCCCACGAGUUGUUCCCAAAGGUGGUGCACAAUUCAACGGACACACAGUUCCAGAGGGUACCGUCAUUAGUAUGAGUACAUGGAUCAUGCACCACAACGAAGAAAUCUUCCCAGACUCCUACAAGUUCGAUCCGAACCGCUGGACUAAUCCAGACGUCUGCAAGGCUUUGGAGAAAUACCUGUUCGCUUUUGGAAAGGGAUCUAGACAGUGUGUCGGAAUGCCUCUUGCAUACUGUGAACUGUACGUCACGCUGGGAAGAGUGUUUCGCCAAUUCGGUGACUUGAAGACGAGGAAGAAGAGUCCGGAAGAGCUUGUCUUGAAUGAUUAUUUCUCAGGAUACCAUCCUGUAGAGUAUGCCGGUUUUGUUUUUGAGAAAGCGGUAUAA